AUGGCUUUAAAGAAGUUGGCCUCCUUUAUCUGCAACUUCAUUGGUCUGAGAAGGCAGCUAAGGAUUAAGGAUGUAAUAGCUUAUGAGGCGAUGGCAUUGGAUGUUUCAGAGAAUGCGAAGGAGGGCGUGCUUCAAUCUGCAGGAGGAUCAAGCUCAGCUAAGGCUAUGGAGGCUGAGGGUGAACAUUGUUGUGUUUGCUUGUCAAGAAUGAAUGGAGGGCUUGACAUGAGAGUGCUGCCUUGUCUGCAUAAGUUCCAUAAGGUAUGCAUUGAGAGAUGGUUCAAUGUUUGCCGGAAAACAUGUCCGAUAUGCCGGUUUUCAAUGGGGGAAGAGGAGAGAUCGCACAAGAGAGAAGAGCAACUAACUGAAGAGAUGGUAAUAUGGUUUUCCUCUUUUCAUGUAGCUGGCUUUUAA